UGCAUUUUGCUCAGCCGCUUGUGAUUGGCUAAGAAAGUGACCUUUCUCAAGAAUACGGGUUGAGAUCUCGGGAUAAAAUGGCGCCGUAAGAAUUUGGUUCGUUUAGAACGAUGCACAGAAGCGAAUUAUUAGAAGUUUGUUUUGUCUAGCGACUCGUCGGAAAGAAAAAGAGGGUUUUAAAGUAGACUGAUUUCUUUGAGUGUUUUAGGGCUGAGAGGAAUAAUCGCUCUCCUUUGUCACAGCCACAAGUUCUGGCUUGUAUUCAUAAAUUCAAGUGGAUUUCAGGGAGAUGAUGGAGACUGACUCUACACCUGAGAAUGAUCAGGAAGACCAUCUGACUGGUGUAACAUUGGACACAGUUGCUCUGGAUACAGAAAGUGAUCAGCAAACUUUAGAAGUGGUGUCAUCUGGUGACUCUAUUAUGUCCACAUGUAUAGAGGAUACAAAUGGAUAGAAGAACAGCUAUCUUUCUACUGAAUCAGUUGUACAAGAAGUAUCUUUGGAAUCUGACCAAUUGGAAGAUGAUGUGGAAGGGAAUCAGCCAGAUUGUGACACAAAUGAUAUACAUCCUGAAACUGGUGAGAGUAAAGAAGAUGACCCUCUUGCCAACAAUGAAGCAACAGAAGACCAAGCAACAGAAGAGAAUGCAGAAGCAGAAGAAGUUGUUGCCAUGACAGAUGUCAGCAAAAUGCCAUCAAAUCCUUCAUCUUUUUUUGAAGACAAAGGAACAGAUGAUUUCUUGCAUGACCAGGAUGACAAGCCUGUCAAAUUUGGAAAAAUAGUGGAUCCUCAUGUUUUGGGGUGCUGUGAAUUCUGUGGUGGUCCAGUCAAGAGGCGACGGUAUUGUUCUCCUGUGAAACGAUUCUGCUCUAAGGGUUGCUCUCGCAGUUCUAGAAAAGCCAACCAAAAGAAGAAAGAAGGAGAAGACAAUGGACAGGAUUCUGAUGAAGGUAGCACCACAGGAGUCACUGAAGGUGAAGCCCCACAUAAAUUUACUUGGAGUGAUUACAUGGAAGCAGCUUUAAGCAAAGCUGCUCCUGAUUGCUGCUUCAAACAUGCAACUGCUGAUGUACCAGGCCUCAAGCCAGGAAUGAAACUUGAAGCGGUCGACAGGAACAAUCCUCCUUCAUUUUGUGUUGCAACAGUCAUUCAACAGGUUGGGCACAGGGUGCGUAUACGUUAUGAUGGCUUUGGAAAGGACAAUAGCAAUGACUGCUGGUGCAAUUUCCAAGCAGAAGAGUUACAUCCCAUUGGCUGGUGUGCACAGAACGGCUAUCCUCUUCAACCUCCUAAAGGUAUAAAUAGUACUCUUGAAGACUGGAGGACAUUUUUGACUCAGACUCUCACAGGUGCUCUCGCAGCACCUCAUGAUCUGUUUAGAAAGACUCAAGAGCACUUCCAGCCAAGAGUUCAUGGGUUUGAAAUAAGCAUGAAAUUAGAAGCUGUUCACCCAAUGAAGCCAUCAAUCAUCUGCCCUGCGACAGUCACCAAGAGCUUGGGUCCUUACUACUUUGCUGUUACUACUGACUAUCAAGAAGAUGUGCCUGCAGUCACAUUUUGUUGCCAUAGUGACUCUCCAGGGAUUUUUCCUGCAGGCUGGUGUUCCAGACACCAAGUGGAUUUGUCUGUUCCUGGAAGCUACACCAAAAAAACUUUUGCAUGGGACAAAUAUUUAGCUGUAUGCCGGUCAACCUUCGCCCCUCCUCAUCUGUUUCGGAAAAUGAAAGCCCAUAAAUUCAAACCUGGGAUGAAACUAGAAGUGGUAGACCUAGAGAAGCCACACAUCAUUCGAGUGGCCACCAUAACAAACAUCAUGGGACGCAUGUUGCAGCUUUUCUUUGAUGGACAGUCCAAGUUCCAGUUUGUGGAUUUUGAAUCCCCAGAUAUAUAUCCCAUUGGCUGGUGUAAAAGGACUGCACACAUCCUUCACACUCCAUUUGGUACAAUUCCUUCUGAUGCAUCCAGCUCAGACGAGGAAGACACUCUUGUUCUACCUUCAUUUCUGGAGGUCAUGGGAAGGCAGAAUCAAACCCAGUCAGGACAACAAGCUGUGGGAAUUUUACCCAGAAAGAUCCCGGCAGUGAGCAAAAUUGAAAAAGACGACAAGUCUCCGGGCGAAGAAAGCGAUAUUAGUGACGAUGACACAGGGUCAGAACGAUUUUAUCACAACAAGAACCAGAUCUUCUUUAACAAGAGCUGUUGCUAUGGACCUCUGUUAGACCCGGACAAGGUGUCACAACUGCCCGAGGCUACUCCUCCUGGGAAGGUCAGUAGCGUCAUACGCACAGGACUGGAGAUGGUAGCCAAGGCAGCAUAUGAUCCAGAAAAAGUCAUAGAUUUGAUGCAGGAGGGAUGCGGCGUACGGGUGGUGGUGAAACAUAAAGGCAAGAUUCUUAAAAAGGCGAUUUCGCGCGUGGAUUCGCGACCGAAGUUGGAGCGCUACCUGAAGAGAUUUUGCAGACGUCUUAUAUGUUGCGAAUUCUUUUUGAGUUUAAAGCCGGUGCCAACGCCAUGCCCUGAUCGCUGCCAAGCUGACGAUCAAGGAAAUCUGCAAGGUCCAAAGGGCUUGAAAGCGAAACGUUCCCGUGAAUACUUUGAAGUCAAGCAUCUGGGAGUAGAGAAUAAGAAGCGGGGCCGGAAGCGGAAGUCGGAAUAUUUACUUCCAGGGGACCCAAACAACGUUGCCUCCAGGACCCUGGUGGAAAACGGUAUAUCAAUUGCAGGGGCGUCCUUCAAUGUGGCACAGGGGCAAAAGAUCACUUCCUCGACAACAACAGCAACAACCACCAUUUUGCCAGCUCAGAAUGUGACCGUUACAUCUCAAACUCCUGGAACUCCCGUUGUGAUCCCCCAAGGAGUUUCCCCUGGGGUAUCUGCCUCAGCAGGUACAGUUGGAAACGUGGGGUUCCAGGUUCCUGGAAAUGUGACAGUGCCUCAUCUUUCAUCAACUACAGCGAAAAGCGUACCAUUACUUGCACCCCAGGGGAAAGUUCCUUUGGCUCAUUCCCAGCGUGGACCCGUUCCGAUAAACGCUUUACCAGGAGGAAAACCUGUUAUGAAAGAGGGAGGUCAGACACACAAUCCUUCCGGUGCAAGCAACACUAUAUCGUUACCGGAUGGCACAAGUCGUAUCGUCACCAACGUGUCAAGCCAACGAUUUGCCACAAGUGCCACGAGUUCUGGAACGACCAUCACAUUUGGCCGCGCCCCACCUAAUGUUACCAUAUCUAACUGUACACCUCCACCGCUGACCAAGAUUGCUACCGAGGCCAGUAGCAGUCACGUGGCCACAUCUACAAACAUGGCGGUCGAACCAGCGAAUCAACUUGCGAUUCAUGCAGUUUCCGCAAUUCAAACCGCCAGCAGCGUGUCCGUUCCGCCACCAUACUCUACCAGCAGUGUGCAUGGUCCACCCAUAUCCAGAGCCUCGUAUGGCACGGCUACCACAGGACAACUGUCCGUAAACACCGGGUACAGACCUGCUGCUGGUCCACCAGUUUAUCCUCGACAAGUAUUAAGUCCAAAUCCCGGGGGAGUGAUCCGCCAUCCCGGAGUUCACGCGACCCCUCCGGGGACAUCAUCUGCGGUUCCAAUCAAACCAGGGGGUGGAACACCUCCACCUCCCCCACUUGUUCCCAACGCAAGGAUUGGCCAAGGAGGACGCCCUCAAGGAAUGUACGUCCAAGCACAGCCGAACAGCAGCAGUAUGCCUCCGCCUCGCCCUGGAAUGCAUACACACCCUCCAUCGUACAAUCCCAUUGCAGUUAGGACUGGGGUAGUAAACCACCACCCUCAAGGAAAUGCUCCGCCGCCUUCCCUCAGUAGCUCCUCGGGCGUUUCAAGCGGCCCGCAUCACCCAGGUUCGGGAGAGAGGGUGGUUUCCCAAGCGGGCGUUGCAACUAUGUCCCAAAGGCCCAUUAUGCCGAACUAUCCCGGAAUCCCCCGAUCAAUAAAUCCUGGUAUGUCUCCUCGGAAUACCCCACUGAGGUUUUCCAGCGUCAGAGCAUCCCUAGGAGGUGGGUAUCCCCGGCAUCCUCCUCACAUACGUCCCCAGGGAGGAGCUCCGUUGAAGUUGUCCCCUCAUCAACAGAGCUUCAAAUUGCCGUUCCCGGUGCCUACUGUUUCUGGCAAUGUACAGCGAAGUGUUGGAUCCAGUUUGCCCGGCGUUACGUUGGUGGAUUCGGUAUCAAUGUCAAAAUCUCACCUCGUGCCAACCCCGAUACAACCGAAAAGUUCCAUCGAGCAUUUACAGGCCCUCACGAACUCGACCGACAAAGACGCGAAGCUAACCGAAGAGAUAACCAUAAAAGAAGAGCAAGAAGAAGAAGAAGAAAGAAAAAUGGCCGACGAGGGAGGAGGAGGAGGAGGAAAAGGAGAGGAAGGAAUCGAAAACAAAUCACAAUCGCCUCCGAAGAGAAACCUGUGGUGGCUGAAAAAGAAGCGUCGAAAACGCACACGAUUGACUUAUAUUAAAUCGAAAUGCCGUCGGAAAGAUGAAGAAGGUGCGCCGAGUACUUCCGAAGUGGCCGCUAUGGAAGAAGAAGUUGAACUCGACGAUCUUCCGAAAUCGCCUUCGGGAGAGAGACCUAAGCGAGGCCGACCACCUAAGGGCAUAGGGUUUCGAUUCAAGACAGAGAGCUUCUCAAACAGUGAUCCAGAUUGGGACGAGACAGAAGAGAGAAGGAGAGUAAAACCCAUAAUCAAGAAGAGAAAAGGACGAAUGAAGAAAGAUUCUAACGAAGUAACAUCGCCUAAACUGAAAUCCCCAGGCAUGGGCGGGCCAUUGCAAAUUCCAAUGAUCCCUGGUGUGCCAGUAGUUCGGGACUUGGGUACCGCAGUACCCUCUGGUUCCACCGCGCCCAUAGUUCGCUCGCCGCCAGUUUCUCGUGCACAUUCCCACCAUGGAACAGGGACGCCUGGCGGUAAGCGCAUCACUUCUCCAAAGGGUGCUAAGCUGAUGCGCAUGAGCUCUGCAACGGAUCCUACAGGUCACCACUCUACGUCAAGAUAUUCGCCUUACAAUUCCCCAACUUCAAACUCACCCUUCUCCCCCUUGGGUAAUCGACCCAUACGCCCAAAGCCGUUCUGUGUUGAUGUCGGUACUAAUACGUCACUUCCGGGCUGCGUGAAUGGCCGGUCACCAGACCUCCCCGCCAAUCCUUCCACGUGGUCAGUGGAACAAGUUGUGAGAUAUGUGCGUUCAACGGAUUGCCUUCAUUAUGCUAAUAUAUUCUUAGAUCAGGAAAUUGACGGCCAAGCACUGAUGCUGUUAUCACGUGACUCCCUGAUGCAGUUUACACGCAUGAAAUUGGGACCGACGUUGAAGAUGUGUAGCUACAUUGCUCAGCUCAAACUUCGAGCGCGUUAAUGUCCACAGAUCUGUCGAGUUUUCACGUACUUCUUUGAGUAUUCACACAAAAGUUUGCGGGUCACUUUGGACAACAUUUGAAGUUAGAAACUUUUGCACCCUUUAGAUAUCCCUACCGGUAAUGAGAGCCAGAAGAGGUUUAUUAAUUGUGUUACAUGCGCAUGGAUGCAGGAGCUGCAAGGAGUAAUUCAUCCAUGGUCUCCAACGUUACCUGGUUUAUAAAGUCACGAAAUGAGCGCCAAUGGCUUGCUCCUAGUGCGACCGUUACUAAUCUCCUUCACAGGUUUUGUUUGGUCUCGUCGCGCAACGCGCGCUCUCUCCCCACCAUAGAUACUCUGGGGGAGGUUGCGCGCUCUCUCCCCACCAUAGAUACUCUGGGGGAGAAAGCGCGUUGCAUGAAGAGACCAAACAACGGCUGCGAAGGAGACUAACAGUCGUCCUAAACUAUUGAAAACUGGUGAAAUUAAGAAGUUCCUUUCACUUCAGAUUCAAGCCCUGCAUAGCAUAAUAUUCCUACAAGGACGUGUGACAAGUUUUUGUGCCCGGCAAGACUCGCUGCUAUGAGAUGUGACCUUUGAUUAUAUCCUCCGUUAUCGACCUGUUAAACAAGUGUUAUUGCCUUGUAAGUGAAAAUAUCCACACAGGGCUUCAUCAGAGAUUCCGUAAUCGGAGAUAAGUCAAACAACACAGCUUCGUAACAGAGUUGAAUGAGGGAAGAACUUGGCGCUUGAAACUACAUUUGAGGAAAAGUUUGUGGCAGGGACACAGUGCUUAAGGGACAGUUCUUAGCGUAUUCAAGUUUUUAUCAUUUCCCAAGGGUUAUGUAUUGAAUCAGGAGCGCAUGUCGACUUAGUGUCGUAAAACCAAAUCUAAAGUAAUCAGCUUCUCAGGACAAUAUUAAUACGUUCAAAAAUUCAUGGAAAACUCAAAAAAUAAAACGAGCAAACUUCCUGAGGCGCGGGAAAACCCGCCUGACUUAGUCGCGAGUGGCUUUAUUAGCUUGGCAUCUAAUCGAUUUAGGGUCUUUUUCGCGAUUUUAGACCAAUCACGGAGCAUAUGGACUGAUGCAAGUUUUUGUAGACUAAUCACAGAAUAUUGCAAUCCUAGGAUACUUUGACAUUUGAAAAUUGCUCUCACUACCGGUCCAAUUUUUUCCUAAUAUCUUUGAACAACUUUUGAAUGUUUGUUCUUUUUCUUUCUUAUCUUAUGACCACAGACUUAAGUAAUAGAGCGAUACCAGGUAAUUUAUCCAGGACAGUAAGAUUAACAAUACGAAUAAUUACAGUAAACUAAAUUGAUAUAGGCGUUGUCGGCGCCUACCGUAUGCAACUCGUUUCCAUACGCGAGAUAAACAUUUUGAUACUUUAAAAUUGUAUAGAGUGACAUAUUUUAUGUAACAUAAUUUUUCCUGUGAAUUUGGUACUGGCAUAUUUAGAGGUCAAAUACGCUGCACUCUCGGAAACCGAUGGCUGACGUGUUUGCAUGACGAAAAUGAGUUCGGGAAAAGAUCGGCAAUCAUCAGAAGUUGCUGUGUAGCAACGUCCAUCGCUUUCCGAGAGUGCCAAGCGAGAAUCAAUCGACGUUCAGAAGUCUUUCAAAGACGGAAUUUUUGUCAAGUAUUAAAAUUAUUUUUAUUUAGCUUGUGUCUGUGAUGAAUUAAAUUUUCUAUGACGGAAUUAU